AUGCAUCAUCUUCCACUCGCUCUCUAUCUCUGUCUUUCUGUCUUUACUCAUUUAUCCUCUGCCUACACAUGGCCGUCACCACAAUACGACGCCCUCGAAGGCCUGCUUUACGAGGGCAGGAAAAGUGACGGUUCCAGCUUGUCUUCGAUCGUCCAUCCCUGCCGAAAACGCACCGGGACUCUUGCGUCAAUUGCGGCGGAAUGGCUGCGUUUCGCUUUUCAUGAUAUGGCAACACAUAAUGUUAAUAACGGGACUGGUGGACUUGACGGUUCCCUCGUGUAUGAGCUUGACCGACCCGAGAACUUUGGUUUGGGCUUCAACCAGACUGCGUCUGAUUUUGAGAACUACCCGAAUAAAUUGGUUUCUCGUGCCGAUAUCAUCUCGAUUGGAGCCAUCUUUGCAGUUGCGACGUGCGGCGGUCCCAUCAUUCCCUUCCGUGGUGGUCGUAUCGACGCCUACUCCGCGGGUAACUUUGGAACACCCCAACCGCAGGAUGACUUAGGGUCUCUCACCACCAGUUUCCAAAACCAGGGUUUCAACACCGCAGAGAUGAUCAAACUCGUUGCCUGUGGACAUACCAUGGGUGGUGUUCGGAGCUCCGAUUUCCCUGAACUUGUCCCCGCUGGCCCGGAUCCGAAUGUCCCGAACAUCGCAAAUUUCGAUACAACUACCCAAUUUGACAAUGCCGUAGUGACUGAAUACCUCUCUGGAUAUACUAAGAAUGUUCUCGUGGUAACGUCCAAUAAAACCAUGGCCUCCGAUCUGCGGGUAUUCCAGAGUGAUGGCAACAGCACUAUGCGCAGUCUCACUUCAGCCUCUACCUUUGCCUCUGAAUGUCAAUCCAUUUUUGCACGCAUGCUCGACACUGUUCCCGCAGGUGUCACUUUGACCGACGAAAUUACCCUUUUACCUGUCAAGGUUAAUGGAGUGCAACUAUCCAUUGAGGAACAGAAGCUUGUCUUCAAGGCAUCCUUGCGUCUUAUUCAACCAAUAAACGCGACAGCAAACGCCAAACGAACCGUGACAAUGCUGUGGUGCGAUAAGUACGGUAGUGCCGCAGCCUGCAAAGGAGCCACCAGGUCCUCUUUACCAGUCAACACGCUUAGUGACGAUCCAAACAUUUCUCCAGUGACCUUGAAUCUCGGGUACUACUUUAUCAACUACAAUUUCGUCGUCCCCAUCGACUCCGCGGCUUCUAUAUCAAAGUUCUGGUUCCAGGUGGAUGAACAUAACGGAACAGCCGCGACCACUUACAAUAAUGGUGGCAGUGGUUAUGUGCUACCCCAGGAUCAAAUCUUCUUCGUCCCAAAGUUGAGCCAUGUCGAUAAUGUGCAGAACAUGACUUAUACCCAGGUGUACACAAAUCGUGAUGGAUCGGCAUAUACCCAUGUGUACACCAUCGUCGCUGCUGUCCGCAACGAUACGACUCCGUCUCGUGUUUACGUGAAUGGAUUCGACAGUUCAGUCCACGGUUACCCGUAUUAUGUCAACGUCACUGUCGACCUCGCAUUGAACUCGUCUUUGAGUUCCGGAGUUCCUGGGUAUAACCUGUACUCCGGGAUCGUCAACGACUCUGGUUAUCAGCUCACGCUGGACCUUCAUGCCACCUCUGGAGGAGCCACGUAUACGCAGGAUUUCGUGGCGACUACGUUCUUAGAUAAUACUCCCUACGUCGCACCAAGUACCCCGAGUAACGCUGCUGUAAAGUCGUCAGGCAGCCGUAGCUCUUUUGCCCAUGUUUUCGGAUGGACCCCAGUCGCAUGUUCUUUAAGCUUGAUCGUGGCACUGACAUUUUGGAGAUGA